AUGAAAAUCCAUUAUAUUAAUAUAUUAUUGUUUGUUAUUCCAUUAAAUAUAUUGAUAUAUAAUCAAAGGAACCAUAACAGCACCACACCACAUCAUCCACCAAAUACCAGGCUAUUAUGCGAGUGCGACAUAUAUACAUCCAUUUAUGAUAAUGACCCACAAAUGAAAGCUGUGAUGGAAAAUUACAAUCGACAAACAUCUGAUCGAUUUAAAGAAUAUGACGAAAGGAUGCAAGGUAAGCGCCAAAAAUGUAAAGAACAAUGUGAUAAAGAAAUCCAAAAAAUUGUUUUGAAAGAUAAAAUCGACAAGGAAUUAACCGAAAAGUUUGCUACGUUACAAACUGAUAUACAAAGUGACUCUAUUCCAACAUGUGUUUGCGAAAAAUCACUAGCAGAUAAAACAGAAAAAUUUUGUCAUAAUUGUGGGUAUGGGUUAGGAAGUGUCGCACCAAGUAUUGGAUUAUUAGGGGGACCGGGAAUCUAUGGAUGGAAAACAGCCGCGUUAGCAGCUGCUACGAAAGAUGCCAUAACUAAGGGUUUGGCUGCGGGUGAAGCUGCACGUAUUAAGGAAGGUAUUAAUGCAGUUAUUGCAGGAAUAAAAUCAACAUUUUCUAUAGAUAAAUUAGGUGGUGAAGCAUUGAAAUCAGUUAUUACUGCGCAAAAAUAUAAUAAAGUCGCACUCAUUAGUGAAUCUAUUUAUUCUGAAUUUUCGAGAUCGGGAUGUGGAGAUAUUACCUCUUCAUCUUUUUUGAAAAACCCUUUUUGCACUUCUGUGUAUGAAGGAAUUGAUGCUAUAUCGGGAGGUAAUGGUGUUUCACCCGAAGAUUUUAUAAAAAGAACUGUACAAUCUAUGGUGUCAGACGCCAAUGGGGUUGCUAAUGCAGCUGCUGAGAUUGCUGAAGCCACUGAAAAAGCAAAAGCUAUAAAGACGAGCACAGAUGCUAUAGAAGCUGCAAGUACACAGUUGUACGGUGCAAUUGGUUACUCCAUCCUUGCCAUAUUAAUUAUAGUUUUAAUUAUGUUGAUAAUAUAUUUGAUUUUACGUUAUCGACGAAAAAAAAAAAUGAAGAAAAAACUGCAAUAUAUAAAAUUAUUGAAAGAAUAG